GCUGAGUCGUCAUGAAAGACGUCCGUUCAGUUUAUCGAGGUGAAAACUGUGUUUAGUUCGCGCCAGAACUACAGCUCCCACCGUCCAGCAAAGCAGGCUGCCGCCACUGGUGCCGACGCUUCCGUGUUGUUGCUGUGUUGUUUCUGAGAGCUGCGGUUCUGGUUCGGUUCUACGGCCCAGUGGCGGUGCGACAAACAUGACUUUGUGAAUCCUAGCAGCAGUUACAACUCCUCGACAUGUCGCUCCUGCAAGGCACCAAGAAGAGAGACAAACGGGUUCUCUCCGGAACCUGUCCGGACCCGAAGUGUCAGGCUCGGCUGUUCUUCCCGGCUCACGGCUCCGUCAGCAUCGAGUGUACCGAGUGUGGUCAGCGCCACGAACAGAAGAACCUGCUCAGCGUGGAAGAGGUGACCGACCCAGAUGUGGUUCUUCAUAAUCUGCUCAGGAACGCGCUGCUCGGUGUCACCGGGGCCCCGAAGAAAGGGACCGAACUGGUGAAGGUGAUGGGGCUGUCGAAUUACCACUGCAAGCUCCUGUCGCCGGUCCUGACCCGGUACGGUAUGGACAAGCAAACGGGCCAAGCCAAGCUGCUGAGGGACAUGAACCAGGGUGAGAUGUUUGACUGCUCCCUCCUGGGAGACCGGGCUUUCCUCAUCGAAGUGGACCAUGUGGGCACCAUGGGUUACGGAAAGGACCGGUCGGGCAGUCUCAUCUACCUGCACGACACCCUGGAAGAGAUCAAGAAAGCCAAUGGCAAUGUAGAAUGUCUGAUUCCCGUCCACGUGGACGGAGACGGUCACUGCCUGGUCCAUGCAGUGUCCCGAGCACUUGUGGGCAGAGAACUGUUCUGGCAUGCCCUGAGGGAGAACCUCAAGCAGAACUUCAAUCAGAACCUGGGCCGCUACAAAGCUCUAUUUCACGACUUCAUUGACUCUGCGGAGUGGGAGGACAUCAUCAACGAGUGUGACCCGCUCUUCGUCCCUCCUGAAGGAGUCCCACUCGGGCUGCGUAACAUCCACAUAUUUGGUCUGGCCAAUGUCCUGCACCGGCCCAUCAUCCUUUUGGAUUCUUUGAGUGGAAUGAGGAGUUCUGGGGAUUACUCCGCCACAUUCCUGCCCGGUCUGGUGAGCGAGGAGCAGUGCAAGGGCAGGGACGGGACGCUCAACAAACCCAUCUGCAUCGCCUGGAGCAGCUCCGGACGGAACCACUACAUCCCGCUGGUGGGCAUCAAGAACACAGUGCUGCCUAAGCUUCCAGCCAGCCUGCUCCCCAAGGCCUGGGGUGUCCCACAGGAGCUCAUCAAAAAGUAUGUCAAGCUGGAGUCGGAUGGAAGCUGUUUGAUCGGAGGAGACCGCAGCUUGCAGGACAAAUACCUGAUGAGGCUGGUGGGCGCGAUGGAGCAGGUGUUUAUGGAGAAGCACGCCAUCCACCCAUCGCUGGUGGCUGAUGUGCACCAGUAUGUGUACAGACGGACCGGUGUCAUCGGCAUUCAACCGGAGGAGGUGACUGAAGCAGCUAAGAAGUCGGUGACGGAGAACCGGCUGCACCGCUGCCUGAUCUGUGGCGCCCUCUCAGAGCUCCACGUGCCUCCUGAGUGGCUGGUUCCGGGCGGGAAACUUUACAACUUGGCCAAGUCUACGCAUGGAACGCUGCGUCAGGACAAGAACUACAGCUUCCCGCUUAACAACAUUGUGUGCUCUUACGACCCGCAACGGGAUGUCCUCCUGCCAGACUACAAACUGAGUUCUCUCAACACCUGCCACUGGUGCCACGGCACCUCGGUCCGGCAUGUGCGAGGAAACGGGUCGGUGGUUUACCUGGACGGGGACCGGACCAACACCCGCUCCCAAGGUGGAAAGUGUGGGUGUGGUUUCAAACACUACUGGGAAGGAAAGGAGUAUGACAACCUCCCGGAGGCAUUUCCCAUCACGCUGGAGUGGGGGGGGCGGGUGGUGCGAGAGACUGUCCACUGGUUCCAGUAUGAGGCAGACGCGGCGUUGAACAGCAAUGUGUACGAUGUGGCCAUGCGGCUGGUCACCAAGCACUUCCCUGGUGAGUUUGGCAGCGAAAUCCUGGUGCAGAAGGUGGUCAACACCAUCCUGCACCACACGGCCAAGAAGAACCCGGGAGAGUACAACCCCGUGUCCAUUGCUGGCGCCCACGCUCAGCGACUUAGCGACACUGCAGAGAUGGCCAGCGACCUCUCUCCCCCAACGAAGAUCAUCCUGACCGGGCAGAAGGCUAAAACUCUCCACAAGGAAGAGCUGACCAUGAGUCGCGCUGAGCGCAGCCUGCAGCAGAGCGUGAGUGAGCACGCCGCCGUCACCCAGAGAAGGCGCACCGACAAGAUAAAGGAGGAGCAGAAGGCACAGGAGCGACCGCUGUCCCCUGCCAGCCAGACUCAGACCUCCUCGGCUCCGGCCACGCCGACCAAGUCACUGACCAGUAAGAAGAUUCGUGUUACCACCAGUGACGGGAGGCAGGCCACGCUGACGCUCCAGCCCGACACCACCUUUGCUGAGCUGCAGCGCAGCAUUGCCUCGCAGUUUGGCGUGCCUCCGCCGCAGCAGUGCAUCCGCUCUGGUUUCCCACCGAGAGAGCUGGCUGCACCCGGCGAGGGAGAGGAGAACGAGCCGGUGGCUCUGCAGCAUGGCGAGAGAGUGACGGUGGAGAUACUGCGCUCGCAGGAGUCUCAGCUCGGCACCGCGGAGGUCAGCUCACCCGUGCUGAAGGGGGAUGACAGCGCGACUGCCCGCAGGCUGAGCCGGGAACUGCAGGAAAACAUCGACCUGGAGAUGUCGUCGCUCUGCCUCCUCGCUACACUGAUGGGUGAGGAUGUUUGGUCGUAUGCAAAAAAACUCCCACAUUUGUUCCAGCAGGGCGGCGUUUUCUACAACAUAUUCAAGAAAGACAUGGGGCUGCUGGACGGGAAGCACUGCUCACUGCCUCACCUGACGGGCAAAACCUUUGUCUUCAACGCGGCGGCCGGGCGGCUGGAGCUGUGUGUGGAUGCCGCCGGUCACUUUCCGGUCAGUCCAGAUGUGGAGGAGCUGGUGAAGGAGGCUCUUCUGCAGCUGCGGUCGGAAGCAUCCCGGGGCAGCAGGGAGUCCAGCCCUGCCCACGGGGGCUUGAAGCUGGGCAGCGGAGGCGCUGUACGGAAGAAGGAGCAGCUCCAGAACGUCACGGCUUUUCAGGGUCCAGGCCACUCCUUGGGCUCCAGUGAGGGCUCCUCCCCACCAGAACACCGACCCAUCACGCGUCAGCACAGCAGCGGCGUGGACCUGAGCACCAGCGUGUCCCGGGACCCCCUCGAUCUUGCAGACAUUCCAGAGGACACCACGAGGGAACUUGUGCGGAUGGCUCCGGGGUUUGUGACCAUGAAGGACGGGCGCGUCCCGGACCCGGCCUUGAUGGAGCAGCAGAGGCGGCGGCUGCAGGAGAUGGUCUCGACCAUCCAGGCCUCCAUGGACCGCAACCUGAGGCAGCAGCAGACCACUGCGUUGCCAGAGGGCGAGGCCCCGCAGGGACGGCCCCCACGUGGCUCCGCUCCCACCGUAGCAGCCGGUGAAGGGUCAGAGGAGCUGGAGGAGAUGGAUAGUCAGAACACCGAGCAGAAUCUUGGUGCCGAGCCAAUGGACCACUCCUGAUUCCUCCUCCACUCUCCCCGCACACACACACACACACACACAUAUAUCACAAACCUGCUGAUCGGGAGUUGCUCACCGCUUUAAUGUUGACUGCAUGAGUGACCCUUCACUAGAAGAUGUCGCUGAGCCUCACGCGUGCGAGUGACAGACUUUUAUCUUGAGCUGCUGCAGUGUUCUGACCUCGUGUCGGAGCACUGGUAACUACUGGUCAGUCAACAGCAUCCUCCUGGAGUGACUCUAGCGCCCCCUGCAGGAGACCGGGUCACAUUUCACAAUAUGCUAACUUGAUAGCUCUGGUGGGGAGUGCUGGGAGUCCAGGGUUGUGUUAAUCCGUGGCCAGGUCUUUGUCGCCUUAAAUUCAUCAGAAACUUAACUUCCUCACCCCAGUUUGGUUGCACUUUUGAAUGCUGUUGUUGUACAAACGUGUAAAGUUUUUAUCGUCAUGUACAGAAACUCAGUUUUCUAGUUAAGUCUGCCGCUUCCACCUCGCUGAGCACGCGUGAUCCAAUAAACCAUCUUGGUUUCGGAGUCCGUCCUCUGUA